AUGCGUGCCUUUCUUAAGUCCUUAGAUGAGCAUGUUUGGUUGAGUGUGCAAAAUGGCUGGAAACCUCCCUCCACUAUCGUAUCAGGAACUGUUAACCUUACUGAUAUAUCACUGUGGACUAAGGAUGAGAUAGCUGAGUGUAAUUGGAAUAGCAAAGGACUUCAUGCCUUGUUUAUGGUCGUGUCUCCCGAAGAGUUUAGGAGAGUGUCAAUGUGCGAAACUGCUAAAGAGGUGUGGGAUAUUCUUGAAACUACACAUGAGGGAACUAAAACGGAUGAAUCUUCCGAUACUGAGUCUCUGAGGGAUGAUGAAAUUGCUUACUUUGUGAAGAAAUUUCAAAAGGCUCUCAAGAAUAGGAGAAAGCCUCAGGAUAGAAAAAGUGGAGUCCCUAGCAGAUUCUCAAAAGAAAAAACUGAAAGGUUUAACAAUAAAAGUUCUAGUGAUAAACCACGUUUGAGUAAGGCCUUAGUUGUUUCACUUACUGAUAACGAGUCUGAGACCAGUGACAGGCAGGAGUCAUCUAGUAGUGAAGAUGAAGGGAACUAUAUGGCAUUUGUACCGACUAUUAAGAGUGAAUCUGAUAAGGAGAGCGACAAGGUUGAGGAAGAACUUCACAACAAUAGCUCUAGUAAUGAGGAUGAGGAUGACAUAGACAUACAUGAGUUGGAAGACAAGGUUAAGACUUUAACUAGUGAAUUGGAGAAAUCUAAUGCUCAUCUUCAGACUUUCAUAAAUGGAACUAAGAAAUUGGAUGAUAUUUUGGGAAUGAAUAAGCCUACGGGAGAUAGGAAAGGUCUAGGAUAUGUUGAGGGUAAUACACAUGGUGCUGGUCCAUCUAAAACUGUAUUCAUUUCUGCCUCUAGGAAGUCUAACGCUGUCAACAGUCCAAAUAAGGGUAAGAAUAUUUCGAAGGAACAAAGUCACCAAUCAUGUAGAAAUUUUAUGCCCAAACACCUACAGACACGUACCUUUGAGCCUAGGUUCAUUCCCACCUGUCACCACUGUGGAGCUCUAGGACACACUAUGCCUAGAUGUUAUAAGCUAGGCAAUGAGCGUAGAAAUCAGAAUAUUCCAAGUCAGGUCAGUUUUCUGACUAAUCAGGUCAGUCAUUUGAUUGAGAUGCUUACUAAGCUGACUAGGAGUACCAAGUCAUCUAAGAAAGCUUGGGUUAAAAAGGAGGAUCUAGCUGGACUUUCAGGUCAGGUAUAUGUGUGA